GAAGCCCCGAGAAGUCCCAGUCCCUCGUCUCGCGUAGACUUAUCAACAGCGUCUGGGAAACCGAACUCCAGACUUUUCCUACAGCGUUCGGUGUUCCGUGUGUCCGUGGUUCGAGUGGCAACGAGUAGGUUCAUAUAUUUUUGUAGGUUCGCGAUCGGGGCUCGAGGACCAUGGCCAACCGCUCCAGCCAGCGGGAUCGCGAGUUCCACCGUGACAACAGCAAUGUAAACCAAAACAAUCGCGACAAUCGGGACUUUAAUCGAGAUCGGGACAAUCGGGACAUUAAUCGGGACAAUCGCGACACUAAUCGGGACAAUCGCGAUAACCGGGACAACCGCGAUAGUUGGGACAACCGCGACCGGGACAGUCGCGGCAACUUUCGCGACUUUCGCAAUCGUGACAGGGAUCGUGAUCGCCAGCGCCAAGUGCCCACGGACCCGCCCUUCAUCGCCUACGUGGGCAACCUGCCCAAGGGCCUCGUCCAGGGCGACGUGAUGAAGAUCUUCUCGGACUUCGAGGUGAAGAACGUGCGGCUGAUCAAGGACCGCGAGACGGACGAGUUCAAGGGCUAUGGCUACGUGGAGUUCGAAACGCUGGCGCAGCUCAAGAGGGCCCUCUCCUGCAACGGACGCAUCAAGCUGGACAACUUCUCGGCCCCCCUGCGCAUCGACAUAGCGGACCAUCGGCGACAGGCGCCCAGCUCCAGCAUCGGAGGAAGCGGCGGUCCGGGCGGCUCCCAAAGUGUGGGCGGCAACGAAAGGGGCGGCGGGCGAGGCGGUGGAGGUGGAGGUGGGCAUCCCUACUACCAGAGGCGCAACUACCGCAGAGAUGACAGCGUGGGCUCCCAUCAGUACCGCCGGAGGGAGACUCGCAGCAGCAGCAACCACCAGAUGUCUAACAGCAGCCCCACCCAGAGCACCAUGUCCAUAAACUACAGCCGCUCCACUCGCGGGGGCUUCAACAGUCGAGGUGGUGCAGGUGACCGGGGAGGUGCUCCUGGUGGCGGAGGCAACGGAAACGGAAAUGGGAAUCGCUACCAGGGAGGAGCUCCGCGAUCGAACUUCGAUGACCGCGAGGGUCAGCAGCCUUCCGGCAACGGGGGAUUCCAGCGGAACCGGAACUUCAAUUUUAAUCGAACCUUCAGCAACGAAGGAGGAGCCGGAAGGGGCGGAGUCCCGCAGAGGAGCUUCAACGGAAACGGUGGAGGCGGUGGCUUCGGGAGUGGAAACCCGAAUGGCAGCGGAAACUACAACAACUUUGUGCAGAACCGCAACCGCGAUCGCCGAGGUCACUACAAUCCGAACAAUGCGGGCAACUCGGGAAACGGAAACGCUUACUUUGGUCGGAAUAACAAAAGUCCUGGUCCCGAGCCUGAAUCAGGACCAUCGGGAACGGGUCCUGGCUCGAGCAACCCGUUCGGGGCCCUGGACGACGAUGAUCGGCCGAAACUGGUGCUGAAGCCACGGACAGUGACUGCACCCAUAAACUCCCUUGCGGAAACCAAGCAGGCUGCUCUGAUAUUCGGAAAGGCAAAGCCCCGGGAGGACAAUUCCACGCCGGUCUCCUCGCCGCGACAGGAUUCUGAUGGAAGUGUGGACGCCUUAGCCGAGUCCUUGAGGGUCUCUUGUCCGUAUGGAGGACUAGACGAUCCAGAUCCGGGUGCAAGCAACGACUAAAUUGCGUAGUGCACUCUUGACACGUCGUGUAUACAAAACUUUACCAUUUUGAUGACGGACUAGGCGGGAUUCGCCCAGAAAGUAGUGUUUCCAAUAAACUUCGCACGGGCAGAUUAUA